AUGGCAAAAACUUACGAUUAUUUGUUUAAAUUACUUUUAAUAGGUGAUUCUGGAGUUGGUAAAACAUCUAUACUAUUUAGAUUUUCUGAAGAUGCUUUUAAUAUCUCUUUUAUAUCUACCAUCGGUAUUGACUUUAAAAUUCGGACGAUAGACCUUGAUGGUAAAAAAGUCAAGUUACAAAUAUGGGACACUGCUGGACAAGAGCGCUUCCGUACUAUAACAACUGCUUACUACAGAGGUUCCAUGGGCAUUAUGUUGGUCUAUGAUGUGACAAAUGAAAAGAGCUUUGAAAACAUUAAGAAUUGGAUAAGAAAUAUUGAAGAAAAUGCCAGUGCUGAUGUGGAAAAAAUGAUUCUUGGCAAUAAAUGUGAUUUGGAUGCAAAAAGACAGGUUUCAAAAGAGCGAGGUGAACAGUUAGCUAUAGAAUAUCAAAUUAAAUUUGUAGAAACGUCAGCAAAAGACUCAUUGAAUGUGGAAUAUGCAUUUUACACUUUGGCCAGAGAUAUAAAAGCAAAAAUGGAAAAGAAACAGGAAGCGAGCAAUCCCCCCGGUGCUAGAAGCGGCGCGCACCAACUCCGAGCGAAUGAACAACAGCGCAAGCCACCGUCCUGGCUGUCGCGUUGCAGCGUGCUC